AGCUCGGGCCCCGUAGCCAUCAUGAAUGACACAGUAACGAUCCCAACCAGGAGGUCCAUGACUAACCGUCUGCUUCAGAGGAAACAGAUGGUGAUCGACGUCCUUCACCCGGGGAAGGCAGCAGUACCAAAGACUGAAAUUCGGGAGAAGCUAGCCAAAAUGUACAAAACCACACCAGAUGUCAUCUCUGUGUUCGCAUUCAGGACCCACUUUGUUUGCGGCAAAACAGCUGGCUUGGGCAUGAUCUAUGAUUCUCUAGAUUAUGCUAAGAAGAAGGAGCCCAGACACAGACUGGCAAAACACAGCCUCUAUGAGAAGAAGAUCUCCCGGGAACAGCGGAAGGAGCGCGAGAACAGAAUGAAGAAGGUCAGGGGCACGGCAAAGGCCAGCGCUGGUGCUGGGCAAAAGCCAAAGGAGUAGAUCUGCGGUGAUUUGAUCUGCGGUGAUUUGAUCUGCGGUGAUUUGAUCUGCGGUUGAUGGGCAGACAGUUUCAGAGAGAACAAAUAAA